AUGGCUAUGUGCAAAGCCUUCGUCAUUGCGCUGGUGGCCUGUGCUUCCCGAAUGGUGUCUGCGGGUCCAUUGAGCAACCUGUUAGCAGACUUGACGGGCCAGAACAGCCACCACAACGCAACGUGCCUUUCCGAUGGCCAUGAGGGUGCACAUGCGUGUGGACUGGCUUCCAGCUUCACGGCAUUCUUCCCUGAUGCAGCUUCGCACCAAUCCGAUCAUUUCCUUCCAGAGAUCUCGAGCCAGUCCGUGUCCGGCUCUCAUGACUUGCAGCAUGGUGAUGUGCACAUGGACCAGUUCGACCAGCAAUCCUUGCUGGCGGGGAAGCGUCCGAAGAUGUUUGUGAGCUUCAACAAGAAGGAGUGA